UCGCUCCUGAUUGGACGCAAGCUAUCCAAAAUCUCCAUCCAAUCAGAAUUUGCGCGCGCGCUGCUGCUGCUGCUGGACGGCGGCGCGUCAACCUGCUCGCAGCAGCGGACUUCAAACGAGAGGAGCGCGUGCCCGAGCGGAGCGAGCAGGAGCUCUAAAUCUCUGGAAAGGAUUCUGAAGACCUCCUCCGCACUUGAGGUUUUUCUUUUGUGUUUUUUUUUUUUGGACGCUGCGAAUAGAAAUAAAGAAUAAUUCAACAUGCACGGAAUUGACCUUCUGAAGAACAAAUUAAUCAGUGGACCUGUUUUUUAAAGAACCACCUUCAUGUCCAAAGCCCUGAAGAUGAAGCAUCUUUCUGCACUGCUGCUCUUGUGCUUGCACGUGGUCAUAUGUGACGCAGAGCCCAGUGCAGCAGCUGGCCUGCUAGAAUGGAGGGAAAACCAUAGACAAGAAAAGAGCAUUUCUCAGCACGGUUCACGCUCGGAUCUCUUCAAACCCCUGUGGCUUUUCUCGCACCCGUCCUUAACCGGUGAAGCCCCUCAGCAGCUUGCAGUUCAAGACCUCUGGACCUGGCUGUUUAAUCGCACCGAGGAGAGCGAACAAAGUCUGGCCAGAGCCAAGCGGAGGCCCAUCGUCAAGACUGGUAAAUUCAAGAAGAUGUUUGGUUGGGGAGACUUCCAUUCCCAUAUAAAGACAGUCAAGCUGAACCUGCUCAUCACCGGAAAGAUCGUCGACCACGGCAACGGCACGUUCAGCGUCUACUUCCGGCACAACUCCACAGGCCUCGGCAACGUUUCGGUGAGCCUGGUGCCGCCUUCCAAGGUGGUCGACUUCGAGAUCGGCCAACAGGAAACUCUGGACGUCCCAAAAGACGACAAGUCGUUCAACUGCCGAGUGGAGUACGAGAAGACUGACCGGAGCAAGAGGACGUCCUUUUGCAGCCACGACGCAGGCAGGGUGUGCUUCCAGGAACAGACGCAGAGCCACGUCUCCUGGCUCUGCUCCAAGCCCUUUAAAGUCAUCUGCAUCUACAUUGACUUCUUCAGCGCUGACUACAAACUGCUGCAGAAAAUCUGUCCGGACUACAAUUACCACAGUGACACGCCUUACACUUCCAACGGGUAGACAUUAUUUCAAGACAGCCAUGCUCGGGGAGUUUCACAACCCCGGCUUUCCUGGUUACCUUUUUUCUUCCUUCUGACGAGCGAGUGGGCAGAAGUUCUGGAAGCAAGCCUUACCGGAGGUCCAAGAUUAUUUGAGGGGGGGAUAACCGUCACAACCCGUGUUUUUGCAUGUUCUGGUCAUUCGAUAACGUUGUAAUAGUAUUAAAUUGUACAUUUGAUCAUCAAACGGUGGACAUACACGUGCACACGCACCUUCUCACGCUUGUUCAUUUGCUCCGAAACCAUGAGAGAAGAUAAGAAACUAGAUCAUCACUCCUUUAACGCGUCCGCCGUGAACGCAAACGUUCUAUAAUCGUAGUGUACGUCGGGUAUCUUGAUUCAUUCUGUACAAUUCAUUCUGUAAAUUAAAAACGUGUGAUCCCCAAAUGAUUACAGAUGAACUGUUGAUUGGUAUAUUCUGAACCCAGGCCUGAGGGAUUAUUGUACGUAGGACGUCAAAAAUUGUAAUGCCAGAGAGAAGACGAAAGGCUGAAAUAGAAGUGUCCUGGUUUGACUAAUGGACAUUCAGGGUUCCUGUCUCAACAUUUUGACACACACGUAUAAAAAGGUUUAAUUGAUCCUGGGGUUUUUCGUUCUAUAUUAAUUCAUCACUCAUUAUUGAUUACAGAUUUCACAACAAUGCCAUUUUUCCCCUAUAGAACAUCGGAUUUUUUUUAUGUCAGCAGUUAUAGCGGUCUUAGUAACUGCCAAGUCAGCAAUUGUGUACAUACAUUUCAUUCCCCCCAGUCACUGUAGGCCAAUCAUACUGGAGAUUUAUUGUCCUGGUUAGAGUCAAACCACAAUCAAAUCCGAUCUGUUACAGAAGAAUAUUGAAGAUAUUCAGUCCAAUCCUGAGCUCUGCUUACCGUUUUCAUGGAUUUACCCCGUCCCUAUGAGUUUCCUCUGCCCCCCCCCAAAAAAAGUUAAGCCUUCGUGUGCUUUUUGUGUUUUAAUUUCAAAGCAAAUAAAUCAAAGUUCUUUAGAACCACAAUACAUUUUUCCAAACACAAAGAACUCUGCCAUUUUUUCGAGUAAGCAAAGCUGCUAAUCAUAGAAAAUAAACUCCAUACAACUAAAGUCAAAAAUAAGUCUUGUGUUGGAAAAAAAAAAAAACUUUUGUAAACAAUAUGAUAAACAAAUCUUCAUAUUUACCCAAUAGUGAAGGAGGUGCAAAAUAUCGACACGUUCAGUUCUGCUUUUGUGUAAUACUCAUAAUUACAUACUCAGAAAGAAUGCAUCACAUUUCACCAAGUAUUCUAAUGCAGAAUCUCAGGUAAUACUUACGCCCAUAUUUACUGAUGUUAAACACACUAGUAAACAUUUCGGAAAAACAACAUGGGCAACAUGGGGGGGGGUUCUUGCUUUAAAAAAAAAAAAAAAAAAAAAAAAAAGA